AGCUUGAGGCUCAAGGCAGGUCUGCACCCGCGCCAGCGCCCCGCCACGGCGACGCCGACACCGCUGCCGCGCGCGGUCCUCCAUGGAGCGGGGCAGCGGCGAGCCCGAUGAGGUCCUCGCGCUCCGCAGGAUCCUCGCCGUGCUCGCCGCGGAGGGCGCCGAGGGCCCGGACUCGGAGUCGCAGGCGGGCGCCGGGGAGGAGCCGGAGGAGCACCGGCCCCUGCUGUACGCGAGCCUGGCGAGCCUCAGGGACGGUUUUUCGGGCUACUGCGCGUCGGCGCCCCAGGACUUCAUCUCAGGACUGGGAGGGCGAGCGCUCGCGGAGCUGGCCGGGGAGGCUGGGCGAGGUCAGCGCACCCUUCCGCGACCGCCUGCUGCGAGCAGAGCGGGCCUCCGGCGGCUUGGGGCGGCGGCUGCUGUCGGGGGCGGCGGUGGCCAAGGGCGGGGCCAUCUGCGAGCGGCAGCCUCCCCUGCCGUGCAUCAGUACCAGGACUCCCGGCGCGUCUGCGAGGUCUGCUCCCACUAAUGCCCGACCUAAUGCCAUCGUUUCGUGGGCUCGCUCGGCUCGGCGCUGCGGCGUGCCGCGGCGGCGUCCGGGGCGGACGCGGAGGCCCUCGUGGAGGGCGGCGCCCCCGCGCUCCAGGAGCUCGACGAGGGCGAGUGGCUGCUUCGCGGGCGCGCGCCGUGCGAGCGCGGCUGCGGCGCCGUCUUCUGCGGGCCCGAGUGCGCCGCGGCGGCCUCCCGCGAGGGGUGGCACCGCGCCCUGUGCGUCGACGUGCCGCCGGAGAAGCGGCCGCUGUGGGCGCUCUUCAGGCGCCACGCGGCGAGGCACCACGAGGUCUUCAUCCUUGCCGCACAGGUCAUGGCCGAGAUCGUGUGCCUCGUGAGGCACAGCGGUGUGGACCUGUUCGAGGCCAUGGCCUUCUUCACGCGCUUCGCGAAGAUGUCCUGGCUGAACAUGGUCAGCGUGCCGUCCAGGUCCACCUGCGAGCCUUUGCCUCGGCGAGGGCCGCUGGCGGGCAUCGCUCAGGCCAAGCAGGGCAAGCGCUUCAAGGCGAUGUCGGAAUCGCUGGAGAUCCUGUCCGCCCUCCUGUGGGAGAAGCGCUUCGCUGAGCUGCUCAACAUUGACUUCUAUUCCAACCUGGUCGGGCAGUUCUCUCUCUCGAACGUCUGGGUGCGAAUCGAGCACCCGCUGGCCUCUCGCCUGGCGGAGUGCAGCAAGGACGAGUCUUUCAAGCAGCGCUACGGUCGUCUGCUAGAAGUGGCGACCCGAGCAGCUAAGGAGGCGGCUGACGACGACGAUGAUGAGCCACCAGUUGACCAGAAGGUGGAUGCCGGAUGCGGCGGCUGGCGCCUGGGCCGUUUCGAGGGCAGCGCGUUGUUCGCUUGCAUGGCCUUGUCGAACCACUCGUGCUUGCCGAACUUCGACAUGCGAUUCACUGACGGCGCGAUCGCGACCAUGGUGGCGCUGCGCGACGUGGAGGAGGGGGGCGAGCUCCACCUGGCCUACGUCUCCCCCUCGAAGCCCCUGGACGAGCGCCUCGCCACCCUCUGGCGCACCUGGGGCUUCGUGUGCACCUGCAGAAAGUGCCAGGACCAGCUCAUGGCCCGCGCGGUGGGCGAAGGCGGGGACACCGCGGGCAGCGCCGUGCCAGGCGGCCCACCGGUCUGAAGCUCAGCGCCGCCGGCAUCGCCGCCGCGUCUGCGCUGGCCAGGUCGCGCCCCCCGACGCCGGCGGGCGCCCCGCCCCGUGGCGCGGCCGCGCUGGACCUGCUCGCCCGGGGCGGCUUCGGGGCCGUCGCGAGGCCGCCCCGGCACGGGGCUGGGCAGGGCCUGGCGGAGGGGAGCGACGAGAGCGACGCCCCAGACGCCGAGGCCAGCGAGGACGAGGAAGAGGAUCGGUACGAUCGACGUGGGUGCGGAAAGAAUAGGAGACGGGCUCCGAGGCCGCCACCUCGUCGGCCACCUCCGACGAGCCCGAGGGCGCCCCCGGCGCGUUCGGCCCCAGCACGGCGCUGGGCGGGCCGCUGGGCCGCGCGGAGCCGCCGGCGAGCGUGCGGGAGCUGCGGGCGGAGCUGCAGGGGCUCAUGGACCUCAUGGCGGACGAGGGCGAGGACGCAUGACCCGUGGCCCCGGCAGACGUGCGCGGCAGGCGCCGGCCCGAGUCGAAGACGAA